UAGGUAGGUACUUAAAGAAAACAUACACGACUUCCACGGACUACGGAAUAUCUAUGUAAUCGUACUUCGUUCUUCAUUACACUAAUACAGAACGAACUUUGAACUUAGCAGAACAUCUAUCUAAUCAUAAUAAAUUUAAAUUGUUGAUAAAUCUGGAGGCUAUUGUUUUAGUAAUUCGACGGACAAACAGUGUUCAAAUAAUAAAGAGAAUAAAACGCUACUAAAAUGUCUCUAAAUAAACUUGUUGGCGGUGAUUGCGGUGGAAAUAAUUCAUUAGUUCAAUUGUCCAAUAUCGUGAGUCGAGAUGCUUCUAUUCAGCAUCCAGUAUCGCAAGCUGAUAAAUUUGUUCAAGAAUUUAUGGGCCAAAACUCACAAGUGCCUCAAACGUUCAAUAUGAAUAAGCUUCUUAAUAACAUUCCAGAGUUGGAUAAUGUAAACAAAAAUGCACCAAUACAUCGACCAAUCCAGGUACCAAUGACAAACAGUCAGAGGCAUAUUCCUUGGGCACCAGGGCCUUCUACUUCUUUUAUGCCUCCUCAAGCUAUGAUGAGAACAUUUUUUAUGCCACAACAACCACUGGUUCGUCAACAGCCUGGGGUACAAAUUCAAUAUUUGGAUGAAUUGGAGACAACUAAUGACAAUGUGCAAGCUAAAGCUAAGGAGUAUGUGGAUAGUGUGAAAGAUGAUGAUGAAUUAGCAUACAAUCAAUUUAUGUCGUUUAUGAAGAAAAUAAGUGCUGGUGAAUUAAAUUUAAGUGAUAAUAUUGAAGGUGAACAAAGGAAAGCGAGCAGAGAAGAAAUAUUGGAUGAAAUGGCUGAAAAAUAUAAAGAUGAAUGGGCAAAACUAAGUGAUGUAACAGACUACUGGGACACAGAAACAGCAAAUGGUAUUCCUAAAGAAUAUGAAUUUAAUGAAGGUAAUGUGAUGUUAGAAAAUAAAAGUGCUCUAGAACUGGGCAAGGAGAAACUAAAAAUGGGAGAUGUCCCAGGGGCGGUUCUGUGUUUUGAGGCAGCGGCUCAGCAGAUGCCUGACUCUGCUGAAGCUUGGUUCUUGUUGGGCACCACCCAGGCGGAGAAUGAACAGGAUCCAGCUGCUAUAGUAGCUUUAAAAAAGUCUUUAGAAAUAGAUCCAAGACAAUUAGAAGGUUAUAUUACUCUGGCAGCAGCAUAUACAAAUGAAAAUAUGCCUAAAUUAGCAUACAUUUCAUUAUUAGACUGGUUAAAAGCUAGCCCCAAAUAUAGUGAUCUGUAUCCACAAGACAUUGAUCCUAAAAAACUAGAUUUAAAAGCAUUGGAGGCACAUGUGAAAUCUCUAUAUUUAAAGGCUGCUCAGUUGAAUCCAUCAGUAAUUGAUCCAGAUGUACAGAAUGCAUUGGGAGUGUUAUUCAACAUUAAUCAAGAGUAUGAUAAAGCUGUGGAUUGUUUUAAAACUGCAUUGAUGGUGGCAAGUGAUAAUGCUAAACUGUGGAACAGACUGGGUGCAACAUUAGCUAAUAGUGAAAGGUCUGAAGAAGCUGUGGAUGCAUAUCAUCAAGCAUUAGAGUUAGAGCCAGGGUUCAUCAGGGCCAGAUAUAAUGUUGGGAUCACAUGUAUGAACCUUGGAGCCCAUAGGCAGGCUGCAGAGCACUUUUUGGUGGCCUUAAAUCAACAAUAUAGAUCAAAGAGCUUGCAUCCUAACGCAUCUAUUGAUAACAGCUCCUCCACAAUUUGGACAACACUAAGAAUGGUUUGUUCUUUCAUGGGAGAACAUGAUGUUGCCAAGUUGGUAGAUGAUAGAAAUUUGACUGAAUUAAAUAAGUUUUUUGAGACCGAAUGAUACAACAUAACAUUCAUUCAUCUUCCUUUAUAAAUGGGCAUUUAAUAUUUGUUAUGUAAAUGGAAUGGGUCAGGUAAAUAUUAAGCAAUUUAUUCAAAGUAUAUAUGUGAUAAGAUAUAAAUAAUAAAUGUUAUUCUAUUUUUA